AUGUGGCGGUGGGCGCGGGGUGGCGGCGGCGGCGGGCGGCCGGCGCUGGUGCCGGCGGCGGUCCUGGUGCUGGCGCUGGCGUUGCCGGCGGCGCGGCCCCGCCGGCUGUACUCGGCCACUGACCCUUUGGAGCUGCUGGGGCCGGGGGCGGAGGAGCGGCUGCUGGGCUCCCCCAGCGCCUGGGCCGUCGAGUUCUUUGCCUCCUGGUGCGGGCACUGCGUCCACUUCGCGCCCACAUGGCGGGCCCUGGCCCACGACAUCCGCGAGUGGAGGCCUGCGGUGAUGCUGGCGGCCAUCGACUGUGCCGACGAGGCCAACCAGCAAGUGUGCGCCGAUUUUGGGAUAACUGGCUUCCCCACGCUGAAGUUCUUCAGAGCUUUUAGCAAGAAGGCAGAGGAUGGGAUAAGGAUUACCAAUCCCAGCGCCACCGUUCAGGACCUGCGCCAUGCCAUCAUCACCAACCUCGAGCAGAGCCAGGAUGCCUGGCCGCCCGCCUGUCCUCCGCUGGAGCCGGCGAGCACGGAGGAGGUUCGCAGCUUCUUCCAGAGGAACAAGGACCAGUACCUGGCACUGAUCUUCGAGAACAGCGACUCCUUCGUGGCCAGAGAGGUGGCGCUGGACAUGCUGCAGUACGAGAACGUGGCGGUGAGGAGGGUGCUGAGCAGCGAGAAGGAGCUCGUGGAGAAGUUCGGCGUCACCACCUUCCCCUCCGGCUACCUGCUCCUCCGCAAUGGCUCCUUCUCCCGCCUGCCCGUGCACAUGGAGGCGCGCUCCUUCUACACCUACUACCUGCGCAUGCUCUCGGGCGUCACCCGCGGCUCCUACAAGCUGAACACAACCGCCGACGCUUCCAACGAGACCAACGCGUCCCAGCUGAAGCGUGCCGACCGCUCCAAGGUGUACAUGGCCGACCUGGAGUCCACGCUGCACUACUCGCUGCGGGUGGAGGCUGCCCGUGCCGCCACGCUGUCGGGAGCCCAGCUGGCCGCCUUCAAGUGCUACGUGGCCACGCUGGUGAAGUACUUCCCCGGGCGCCCCUGCGUGCAGACCUACCUGCAGUCCCUGGACGGCUGGCUGAGGAACUGGACGGAGCCCGAGCUGCCCCGCAGCGCCUUGAAGGAAGCCAUGAAGAAUAACAAAGAUGCCUCCCACCCUGCCGUGCUCCCCACCAACAUGACCUGGGUGGGCUGCCAGGGCAGCGAACCCCACUUCCGCGGCUACCCCUGCGGGCUCUGGACCGUCUUCCACCUCCUGACCGUCCAGGCUGCCCAGAGUGGCCCCGACAAAGAGCUGCCGCUGGAGGUGCUGAGCACCAUGCGCUGCUACGUCCGGCACUUCUUUGGCUGCCAGGAGUGUGCCCAGCACUUUGAGGCCAUGGCGGCUGAGUCCAUGGACCAGGUGGCGGGCCGGGAGGAGGCCGUCCUCUGGCUCUGGUCCCACCACAACAAGGUCAACGCUCGCCUGGCAGGAGGUGACACGGAGGACCCCAAGUUCCCCAAGCUGCAGUGGCCUCCGCCGGACAUGUGUCCCCAGUGCCACAAUGAGGAGCGGGUGCACACCUGGGAUGAGUCGGCUGUGCUCACCUUCCUCAAGGCGCACUUCUCACCGGCCAACAUCUACCCGGACUAUGCCGAGGUCGACCCCGUCCCCAUGGCCAGGGAGGGGACGGGUGCCAGGCUGAGCACCGAGGGCCUGCGAGAGGAGAGAGAGAAGGAGGAGGAAGAGGACGAAAAGGAGACGGAGGGUGAGACGAGAGCUCCGGGGCCGGGCUCCCCCGAGCCGCGGCGCCCCAGCAUUGUGCGGCUGAACCCCAAGCUGCGGGAGGUGAGCGAGGACAUCGUGGACCUGGACUCCUUCAGCGAGCAGCACUUCAAGAGCCAGGCGCUGCGAGCGGCAGCCGGCCGGCGCCGGCGGCUCAGCAAGCGGGACACCAUCGCCCUGCCCCGGGAUGCCGGGGUGGGCCGGGAGCACCGGCGAGCUCCCGCUGUCCUGGUCCGGGAGGAGGAGGAGGCUGGGGAGGGCGUGCGGAAGAGCCCCUGGCUGCGGGUGCUCGGCUUGGGCUUCUCCCGCCUGGACAUCAGCCUCUGCGUCGCCCUUUAUUUCCUCUCCUCCAUGUGCCUCCUGGGCAUGUACACCUUCUUCCGCCUCCGCACCCGCGCCCGGAAAGGCCGCCCCGGCUUCCCCGUGGCCUGAGAGCGGUUGCGGGGGGCGGGGGCUGCCCCCAGGGUGGGUGGGCUGCUGAGCCGGGGCACCCCUGGGACACCGUUUUGUCCCCCAGUGGGAAGGGGUUUGGUGCAUCCCCCCCCCCAGGAUCUGCCCUGCUUGCAGCAGUUGCCUCACCCAGGGUGGGGGGCAGAGGGUGGAGGGCUGUUUUUGGGGGGGAAGGAGGUGUCGGAGCAUCCCCCCCUCAGGUCACAGUGCCACGUUUUCAGGCGCGCAGGAGCUGGGACGCCAACAGCGGUUCGGGUCUCGGCACCCAGCUGCCCUUGGGAGCUUGCUGGCGCUGGGCUGGUUUCAAACUGGGAAGCCCAGUCCCGUGCUGGGGAGCAGCCCUUUGGGGUCAAACCACUAGUGGGGCCAGGAGGGUGGGGGUUUAGCCCCCCAAAAAGUGGGCACUGCUGGGCAGGGGGUGGCAGUCGUGGGUUCAUCUGCAUUUUGUGUGUCCCCCACUUUGAGACGUGGACCGGGGCCCCCCGCCUUUCCUCGUCCCCUCCGUGCGCUGUUGCUUGCUCUCUGCUUGUCUUAGUGGAAUAAAUUAUUUUUGCCGAUGCCAGCCCCGCUGUGUUGGCUGGUCCCUACCAUGCAGGCACACCAGGGCAGCACCUCCCCUCCCUGCCGUCCCCCCGCCGCCGGCUGUCCCCGCUCUGGCCUCCCCCCAUCACCCCAGGAAGAGCACUGGCUUGGUUUUAAUCCUUUAAAUAUUUUUAAUUGUUACUGUUGUACAUUUUCCUCCUGCUUUUUGCUUCUGGAUGCACCCGUGGCUUGGCCAGCUGUCCCUUCUACAGCCGGCGUGUCCCCGUGGUUGGGGUGGCUCGUGGUUUGUCCUCCAGCAGGGUGAUGGGGAGGGAGCCUGGGGGGCCAGGAAGCCACUGGAAAAAAGUUGGCACGAGCCAUGGAGCUGCACUUCGGUGCCGGCUGUGCCCGUGGUCCAGAGCAGGGAGACACGCACAAGCAUCCCUGCAUCCCCCCGGGGACCGGGACCUCCGCGGGCGCAGGCCCCCUGCGCCUGUCCCCGAUUCUCUCUGCCCUUUUAUCCUUGUUAGGAAUCAUUAAGGAAAAUGGUUGUUUUCCAGAGCCGGGGCCGGAGCUGGAGCCAUCUGCUCUCCCGGCGCUGUCUAAAUCCCCCUGUAACAAAUUCAUUGGGAUUACGCUGCCCUCCCCUAAUCCCAGCCCUUCCCCCCACGCAAGGGAUUUAAAAGGAUUAGAGCCCGGCCGAUAAUAAACUUUAUUAAGGGGGAGGGGGGGUGUCAAUCCGAUUUGGAGCCUUUUUCUUGAUAUCUUCACUUUGCCCA